GUACGGCGCCGAAGCCAAACCUAACUAUGUAUGUGGUGGUACUGUUACCGUAUCGACAUCGAUCUUUGCGUCGAAGCGCGGAAGAAAGGAACAGGCGGUUCCACCGAGUGUGUCAUAUAUCGUACCCGAUCUCUUUCGACAUUCGGAUAAAAGUGCCAUGAUUUUGGAAAAUGCAGUGCCAAACUGGGUCGUCGAAAAGUGCUGGAAACGAAAAUCGGGCGGACCCACCGGCUCAGUGAGUUAACUUUGCAACGCGUUACCACCCUCCGCACUUUAUCGACCCCGUUCAAAAAAACUUCUUUUUUAAUAUUCAUAGUGAAGUGCGAGUUUAUUUCGGUUGCGCCUAAAAUGAAUGUGGUUUUUGUGUGUGUUUUUGUUUGCGAAAUCGUCAGGGCGACCUCAUUGGCUUCAAAAACGGUUAAAAUGUGCGGCACCGAAAAAGAAAUUGCUCUCGAGCCACAUUCAGAAUCGUCAUCCUUUAUCGUAUCUUUCGAUCCAACCGCGAAACGAUCCAUGUGCCGUCUGCGAGUAACCGCCCCCAAAACUCACGUUGUCAAUCUGCAAUUUUUAGAAGAAGAACAGAAAUCACUUCCAAAAAACGAUUCCCUUCCAUUCGAGAAGCCUUCCCCAUGCACAAUGAGCAUAUAUUUACCAGACAACACGCGAGCGCCAUUUUGGAAGGGUGAUGUUUGUUCGCGGCAGGCCCUGCCGGACGUAGAUUUGCUGACAAACGACUUCAAAAUUAUAUGGACACCUCCUCUAAACCAUCUCGGCGCAACCGAAAGGAGGUUCGUUUUAACGGCCGUCGGGUCAGGUCCUGUUUGCAAAGAUCCAUUCCAACACACAUGCAUGCGCAUCGGGCGUAUCCCAAUGCUCUGCAUAUCGGACCAUCUGCUCUGCGACGGGUACCAGAAUUGUCCCAAAAGUUCCACAAGCAGCGACGAAGAUACAAAACUCUGCAAGACUGGCAGGAAUGCAUGGCAAAACUUUGUCGCGGAACUGGUAAAGAGAUACCGCCCGCCGACUGAAGACGCUAAAUGGACCAGCCUCAAAAUCAACUCUACAGAUUCGGCGACAAAGUGGCUGGAAUGGCAACUUCUGAAAAAAAACUCCACGGACAAGCCAGAAGUGCUAGAAGAAACUCAUAACGCGGCCGAAACCAUCUCGGCAAUGCUCAACAAGUAUGGUCCGUGGGGAUAUCUAAUGAUGGGCUUACUGAUCUGUGGCACCGUUUUGUUUUUCUGCGGUCUGUGGGAGUGUUGCUGUAAAAGGCCGAAAUCAGACGUGGAACCUCCACCGCCGCUUAGCCAGCCAACCACCGUCUUGAUUAUGGAUUGUGGACCGGGAAACGAUACCACCCGGCAAGUGAUGCCACCCAAUUACGACGAUCUAGAUCUGCCGCCUUCGUACACUACUUUGUUCCCUAAUAAAAGCAAUUUUGGUGAAGGUGAUAAUGAUAAUGGUAGCGCGGCAAACAAUCCGGACCAAUCUUUACCGACUGCAGAAGAAAACAGCGACGAAGUCCAAAUUAGACCUAGCACAAGUCACGAACAAGAGAGCUAGGUUAUUUUCGAAUGUUUUUGUAACCGUUUAUUGUAAUUUUUGAAUCGUUUUAUGUUUAUAUUGUGAUAUUGCGACUGAUUUGACCGUAGAUUUUAACAAACCUCUGUGUAAAACAUCAGUAACUUCGUAAACGUAUUAUAAUAUUUAUAAUACGGCGCUCUGUUUUUAAUGAAUAGGAAUAUAGUGAUGAUUAUUUAUUUAACGACCGAUGACUAUGUUUUAUAAUAAAAAAGAAGUUC